GUCCUGUUGCCUUAUUGGCUGGUUAGACGCCUUCGCCCCCUGGCGCCGGCGCGCGCGUCUGUGCGUUUCGCCUAUGCGCCGUGGCGCUCGGGAAGGCGCGGGCAUGCGGGCCGGCGAUUGGCUGGGCGGACGCAUGCGCCUUGCCGCCCCUCAGCCGCUUUCUGCCCGUCACUUGGCGGCUCCCAGGCGGCGCUGUCGGGGGCUGGUCCGUCGCGUCGCUCUGUCCCCUGCUGCCAUCAUGGCGGCCGCCGCGGACGAGCCGUUCCCCUUCCACGGGCUCUUGCCCAAGAAAGAGACGGGCGCCGCCUCCUUCCUCGGCCGCUACCCGGAGUACGACGGGCGCGGGGUGCUGCUGGCCGUGCUGGACACCGGCGUGGAUCCCGGCGCGCCCGGCAUGCAGAUUACAACUGAUGGGAAACCUAAAAUAAUUGACAUAAUUGAUACAACAGGUAGUGGUGAUGUAAACACUUCUACCAUAGUAGAACCCAAAGAUGGAGAAAUUAUAGGUCUUUCAGGAAGAACUCUGAAGAUUCCAACAAAUUGGGUAAAUCCUUCAGGCAAGUAUCACAUUGGCAUAAAAAAUGGCUAUGAUUUCUAUCCAAAAGCUCUUAAGGAGAGGAUUCAGAAAGAACGCAAGGAAAAACAAUGGGAUCCUGUUCACAGGCUUCUACUAGCAGAAGCUUGUAGGAAACUAGAUGAGUUUGAUGCAGUUCACAGCUCUCCCUCACAAGCAACUAAAUUAAUGAAGGAAGAAUUUCAGAGUCAAGUAGAACUAUUGAAUUCUUUGGAGAAAAAAUACAAUGAUCCUGGUCCUGUAUAUGAUUGCUUAGUAUGGAAUGAUGGUGAGACCUGGAGAGCCUGUAUUGAUACAAGUGAAUGCGGCGACUUCCCUAAGUGCACUGUGUUGGGAACCUACAAAGAGAGACAAGAAUAUGGAUCUUUUGGCAUGUCAGAAAUGUUGAAUUACUCUGUGAACAUUUAUGAUGAGGGGAACCUGCUUUCUAUUGUGACCAGUGGAGGAGCACAUGGGACACAUGUAGCUAGUAUUGCUGCUGGAUAUUUUCCAGAAGAGCCAGAACGAAAUGGUGUGGCUCCUGGAGCUCAGAUUCUUGCAAUCAAGAUUGGUGAUACAAGACUAAGCACAAUGGAAACUGGCACUGGCCUAAUAAGAGCUAUGAUAGAAGCAAUGAAAUACAAGUGUGAUCUUGUCAACUACAGCUAUGGAGAAGCAACACACUGGCCAAAUUCUGGGAGAAUUUGUGAAGUAAUUAAUGAAGCUGUAUGGAAACACAACGUAAUCUAUGUUUCAAGUGCAGGGAAUAAUGGUCCUUGCCUUUCUACUGUGGGAUGCCCAGGUGGAACUACAUCUAGUGUAAUAGGUGUUGGUGCAUAUGUAUCACCUGAUAUGAUGAUUGCUGAAUAUUCUUUGAGAGAGAAACUACCAGCGAACCAGUAUACUUGGUCUUCCAGAGGCCCUAGUACCGAUGGAGCCCUUGGAGUGAGUAUCAGUGCGCCAGGAGGAGCUAUUGCCUCUGUUCCUAACUGGACUUUACGAGGAACACAGCUCAUGAAUGGCACAUCUAUGUCUUCACCUAAUGCAUGUGGAGGCAUUGCUUUAGUACUAUCAGGACUCAAAGCUAAUGAUGUUCAUUAUACUGUUCAUUCUGUCAGAAGAGCUUUAGAAAAUACUGCAGUGAAGGCUGAAAAUAUAGAAGUGUUUGCACAAGGACAUGGUAUUAUUCAGGUUGAUAAAGCCUAUGACUACCUCAUUCAAAAUUCAUCAUUCACAAGUAACAUAGGUUUUACUGUUACUGUUGGAAACAACCGUGGAAUCUACCUCAGAGAUCCUGUCCAGAUAGCUGCACCUUCUGACCGUGGGGUUGGCAUAGAACCCGUUUUUCCUGAGAAUACAGAAAACGCCGAAAGAAUCUCUCUCCAACUUCAUUUAGCUUUAACUUCAAAUGCAACAUGGGUUCAGUGUCCCAGUCAUUUAGAGCUCAUGAACCAAUGUAGGCAUAUUAAUGUACGUGUGGACCCACGUGGUCUGAGAGAAGGACUACACUACACAGAGGUGUGUGGCUAUGAUAUAGCAACGCCUAAUGCAGGCCCUUUGUUCAGAGUUCCAAUAACUCUUAUUAUACCAGCAAGAAUAGACGAAUCUUCCCACUAUGACCUUUCAUAUACUGAUGUGCAUUUUAAGCCUGGUCAAAUCCGAAGACACUUCAUUGAGGUUCCUCAAGGAGCUACAUGGGCUGAAGUUACAGUAUGUUCCUGCUCAACUGAUGUGGCUGCCAAGUUUGUUCUUCAUGCGGUUCAACUAAUGAAACAAAAAGCAUAUAGAAGCCAUGAGUUCUAUAAAUUCUCAUCCUUACCAGAAAAAGGAUCAGUGACUGAAGCGUUUCCUGUCUUAGGUGGAAAAACCAUUGAAUUUUGUAUUGCUCGUUGGUGGGCCAGUCUUAGUGAUGUCUGCAUUGAUUACACAAUUUCCUUCCAUGGCAUAGUUUGUGCUUCUACUCAGUUAAACAUACAUGCUUCAGAAGGCAUUGUCCGUUUCGAUGUUCAGUCCACACUAAAAUAUGAAGAUAUUGCUCCUUGCAUAAAUCUGAAAAGCUGGAUCCAAACGCUCAGACCAGUGAGCGCUAAAAUAAAACCUUUAGGAUCCAGAGAUGUUUUGCCAAAUAAUCGUCAACUAUAUGAGAUGAUUUUGACGUACAACUUUCAUCAGCCUAAGAGUGGGGAAGUGACUCCAAGCUGUCCACUGCUUUGUGAAUUGUUGUAUGAAUCUGAAUUUGACAGCCAGCUGUGGAUUAUAUUUGACCAGAACAAAAGACAAAUGGGGUCAGGUGACGCUUAUCCACAUCAGUAUUCCCUGAAACUGGAGAAAGGAGAUUACACUAUUCGGUUACAAAUCCGUCAUGAACAGAACAGUGAACUGGAUCGCAUCAAAGACCUUCCAUUUGUUGUUUCUCACAGGUUGUCUAAUACUUUGAGCUUAGAUAUUUAUGAAAACCAUAGCCUUGCUCUCUUAGGAAAGAAGAAAUCAAACAGUUUGACAUUGCCACCAAAACACAGUCAUCCAUUCUUUGUUACGUCUCUGCCUGAUGACAAAAUACCUAAAGGAGCAGGACCAGGAUGUUAUCUUGUAGGAGCUCUGACAUUGUCUAAGACGGAACUUGGAAAGAAAGCUGGGCAGUCUGCAGCAAAACGACAAGGAAAAUUUAAAAAGGAUGUAAUUACUGUUCAUUACCAUCUGAUACCAUCACCAACAAAGACUAAGAACGGCAGCAAGGAGAAAGAAAGGGAACCAGAAAAAGAUCUAAAGGAGGAAUUUGCUGAAGCUUUACGAGACCUGAAGAUACAAUGGAUGACUAAGCUGGAUACCAGUGACAUGUAUAAUGAAUUGAAAGAAGCCUUUCCUAAUCAUCUUCCCUUGUAUGUUGCAAGACUCCAUCAACUGGAUUCUGAAAAGGAACGAAUGAAAAGACUCGAUGAAAUUAUUGAAGCUGCGAAUACUGUUAUCUCGCAUAUUGAUCAAACAGCAUUAGCAGUUUAUUUUGCCAUGAAGACUGAUCCCAGGCCCGAUGCAGCUACUAUAAAAAAUGAUAUGGAAAAACAGAAGUCUACCUUAGUGGAUGCCCUUUGUCGGAAAGGAAGCGCACUAGCAGACCAACUUCUCCAUCUGCAGGCCCAAGAUGGGGCUGUUUCAAGUGAUGCUGAAGGUAAAGGUGACGAUCAAGAGAGCUGCAUAGGUGUUCUGUCAGAGACUUUCUGGGAGACAACAAAAUGGACUGAUCUUUUUGACACCAAGGUUUUAACAUUUGCCUAUAAGCAUGCAUUGGCAAAUAAAAUGUAUGGAAGAGGUCUCAAAUUUGCCACAAAACUUGCAGAAGAGAAGCCAACCAAGGAAAACUUGAAAAAUUGUAUACAGUUAAUGAAGUUACUUGGAUGGACCCAUUGUGCAUCUUUCUCUGAAAACUGGCUUCCUGUCAUGUAUCCACCUGAUUAUUGCGUGUUUUGAAAUACCAAUGGUUGUAAACAGAGAUGGUUUUAUACUGACAGGAUAGGAAAGAUAAGUUUUACCUUUUAAUUAGAACGCAUGUCUUCAUCAGAUACUGAAUGCUGAUUAUUAAAUUGUGUAUAUUUAUCAGAAAGGCACCCUGGUGUGGCUUAAUACCUGUUAACCUGACUCCUGACAUCAGGAAGUUUACUUAGUGUGCAUCUCAUUGCUGGCAAUGGAUGUGCCAGAAUUGCCAGCACCAAGGAUUUGGAAUUGGGUUGGAAAAGAUUUCUUGCAUGCAUGUUAGGUUCUUAACUGUUAAUUUUAACUGCAAACCUGUAAAAGCUCUGUAUUUUUUACAAUGAACAGGGUUUUAACAUGUUUAAUCUUAAUUUCUUUUUCAAUUGUAUGAAGGCCUUAAAGCUACACCAGAGUAGCUAAAAUUUUAUUUAUUAGACUAUCAAGUAAUGGAACUCCGUUACCUGUACUGUUUGCAAGAGUUUACAUUAUGAUUUUUUUUUUAAACAACAACAACCUUUCAAACAGUCUCUGUGUGUAUCUCAGAACUGCUGAUACACAGGUGCUCUUGUAAAUCUUCGUCUUUGAGAUAUUUCAGGCAAAAUUUCAAAAUCCAUGUGAAGUUGAGUAUCAGGUUGGACUGAUACAUGUAUAAAAGUGCCAGACGGUUAAUCAGGUAUUGUAAAGCUAUACAUACAAAUGUUUAAUAAUGUUUAAAAAAUGUAAAACACAGAGUAAAUGUGCAAAAUUGAAGAUAAAAAACCACCAUGUGCACUCUGAUACUUUAAAGGAUUUUUUUAAUUAAUAAAACAAAUAAUGAAGCUGAAAA